AUUCAUUUCUCAAUCUUGUCGUGUUCGUAAAACACCAAACACACAAACAGGUUUUCUCUGAGCCUAAAAAGCCAGUAACCCCAACCCCUUUUCAUAAACUCUUUCGCUAUCUUCUCUUCUCAUCAGAUAUCCCUUUACCACCAAAUUUCAUCUAUUACUCUUAGUUUUUUGUUACCUUUCUCAAUUUUUCCCAACAAAGAUGAAGAAACGUGGGCUAGCUGAGAAUCACGAUGACGAAGAGGAACAACAGGACAGGAAGAUGAAGAGGAUUAGAGUCGAAGAAGAAGAAAAUGAAGAGGAAAACGAAAGUGGGUUUGUGAAUUUGGACGAGAAUUUGCUGUACGAGGUGUUGAAACACGUGGAUGCGAGGACUUUGGGAUCAGCUGCGUGUGUGAGCAAGCUGUGGCACAGGACUGUUCAAGAUGAGCGGCUAUGGGAGCUGAUCUGCACAAAGCACUGGGCUAACAUCGGCUGCCCAAACCAGCAGCUCCGAUCUGUGGUCUUAGCUCUCGGUGGCUUUCGUAGGCUUCACUCGCUUUACCUUUGGCCUCUUUUGAAGCCACAAUCAUCAUCGUCUAGCUCAGCUGCUGCUUCUUCUUCUUCUUCUUCUUCUUUAUCUUCAUCUUCUACGGCUUCUUCUUCUUCUUCAGCUUGGUCUCCGUUUCCUCCGAUGGUGAGCUCGAAGCCGCCGGCACGGUGGGGAAAAGACGAGAUGCAGCUCUCACUGUCUCUUCUCUCUAUUCGGUAUUACGAAAAGAUGAAUUUCAAUAGCCGUGGAAGAUGAUUUUUAUUUUUUUGUUUUUGUUUUUUCAAUUAUUAUUAUCCCAUAAAUGUUUCUAAUUUCCCCUUUUUGUUUUUUCAGCACUUGAAUUUUUUUUUUUGGUUUGUGGGUUUUUUUUUUCCAGAUCUGUAUCCUUAUUUACCAUGUUUACUUUUGUUUUUGUUUUUGUUUUUGUUUUUUUUUCGUUGUUGACUUCUGAGUUCUGAGCUUGUUGUGUAUAUAUUUUGAAAUGAAAAAAAAAUUUGUUAAAUCUA